GCGAAACAUUUCCAUCAAAUACUCCUACGAUUGUUUUCCUGAACAAUGAAAAAAAAAAAAAAGACCUGGAAAGUGGAAACUAGCGUCGAUGUGAUCUUUGGGAUUAUUCCCGACUGAAAUAUUUUGUCGACGGCCUUUCCCUCCGACGAAAUUCGAUUACUCCUUUGCUUCUUCUUUUUAAUCGGAGAAACCUCAAUAAACUCAAAUUGGGUUUACUGGGUAACUAAACAUGCAUCGUUUAAGGACCUCAGGGCAUCGAUUCGUGCCUCUGGUUAAGAGAAAAGCUUCCAAUGCGUUUUCUGCAGUUCAGGACACUUUUUACUCAACCAAGGAUAUUUUUGAGACGCACAAAGUCGUGUUUACAAUAUCAACCUCUUUAGCCUCAAUUGGUACAGCCUGGGCUGGUUACACUUUACGCCACCUCCAUGAAUCGAAAGUUGAACAAAGGCUUGACUCAAUUGAAAAAGCUAUGAAUAACAAUUACCAAAUGGAGCAUAAAGAGUUCAAGAAACUGGUUGGUUCAGGUGGUUUCAGCACCGAAGCUUGUGUUGCCACUGCCGGAACCUCUUUGAUUAUUGGGUAUGGUCUUGGCUGGCGAGGUGGAAAAUGGUAUGCGAAUAGGAAGUUCAAGAAGGAGCAGCUGAAAUUGCUAGGGCAGAUCAAACCUAAACGGUGGCAACUCAAGUUCUUACGAAGACCGUUAUUAAAACCCAGAUCACCAGAAAAUGCUGCAAAAACGUCAGAUGCAUUGCAAAAGGAUUUACCUGUUUCACAAAAUUCUGGAGAAACCAUACCUCUUCGGAAUCUUCAAUUCAACAAAGUUAAUGGUACUACAUUUUAUAAGAGUUCUGUGAAUGUGCUGGUGCAAGGUGCCAGCGCUAGCCAAGCUUUGCAAGCCUUGGAAAUCAAGGUGCUAACAAACCACCCCCACCAGAGGAAGCCGACGUCCUCGUCGCCUCCGAGUCUUGCCUAUUUUCACACUUCGCCAAAUAGGAGGUUCUCCCAUUUGCCUCGCUCUGCCCUUUCGCCUUAUCAUCCAGAAUCCCGUGCAUCUGAACUGCGAGAGAAGCCCGUUGAGCUUGUUUUCUUCCAGCAACCACCAAGUCUGGAAAAUUUUGCACUUGAAUUGCCGAUUGCCAGCCACCCGUUCCUUCCCUUCCCCGCUUUCCCUUCUCUGCCUUGGAACAACGCGGCACAAAGCAGGGCCGUUUCUCAUCAACAAUCAAAAUCCCACCGAGAUGUGGCAUCACAGCCACUUUUGCAGCCACAAAAAACUCAUUACCCACGACUCCCUUGCAAGCCACGAAGAAUUGCAAGGCAGGAAUUGAUCCUUCAAUUCCUUUUUCAGCGUAUCCCACUGCUCGAUCUUUGGACGUCCGCUGUCCUCACAUCGAGUUCUCCACAAGAGUUUCGCAUCGCCUAUGAGAAACAUCGUGGUGAUUGUCACAUGAUCUACCUCUGGAACACGGGUAGCAGAGAAGUACUGCUCCAUAUCCCACAGAAAGUUUUCCAACUCCUUGGCAUUUCGGGCACCACCAAAAGCCUUCGGAAGCUUGUUAUUGGAAACAAGGCAAACACAACACAUUUGCACAGUAUGGCUAAUUCUCUAACCAUCUGCUUUUUAGUUUUCCUGUUGUGUGUGUCUGCAGAUGGAGCUAGGAAACUACCUUAUACAAUCAACACCAACAAUGGCAGGUUCCUAUCGUCCUUGGAUUCGUCCUCAGAUUCUGAUGUUGGUAUCUGCGAAUCAAUGGUGGAGCCACAAGGUUACUCUUGUGAAGAGCACACGGUGACAACAACGGAUGGAUAUAUUCUUAGUUUGCAGAGGAUUCCGGCAGGGAGGUCUGGUGUGACAGCAGACAAACCUCCUGUUCUUUUGCAGCAUGGGAUCUUUUCAGAUGCUGCAACAUGGCUGGUGAACACCCCAGAUCAAUCCUUGGGAUUCAUUUUGGCUGAUAACGGAUAUGAUGUUUGGCUUGCUAACACCCGGGGGACUAAAUAUAGCAGUGGACACACAUCGCUUAGUCCCAGUGAUCCGGCUUACUGGGAUUGGUCGUGGGACGAAUUAGCCGCUUAUGAUCUUCCUGCUUCAGUCCAAUAUGUUAAUGACCAAACAGGCCAGAAUAUGCACUAUGUUGGUCACUCCUUGGGAACUUUGAUGGCUCUAGCUGCCUUUUCCCAACAUCAGUCACUGAACACGAUAAGAUCAGCUGCUUUGUUAUCUCCCAUAGCUUACCUGGAUCAGAUCACCACACUUCUUGGAAAAGCUGCUGCUUAUUCUAUGAUAGGCAAUGUCUUGUACUGGUUGGGCGUAGAUGAAUUCAUGCCAGGAGGGGAAGCUGUAACCAAAUUUAUGAAUGGGAUUUGCAACAUAACGAACAUCGAUUGUUCCUCACUAACGUCUGUUUUUGCCGGCCAGCCUUGCUGUAUUAGUCCCUCCACCAUGGAUGCGGUUGCUAACAUUGGACCUCAGCCAACAGCAACCAAGAACAUGCUCCAUUUAGCACAGAUGGUUCGACAAGGGACCAUAGCAAUGUAUGAUUAUGGAAGCGAAGAUGACAACAACGAACACUACGGGCAGCCCACACCUCCCAUAUACAACAUGGCAAGCAUCCCGAAUGACCUUCCUCUUUUCCUUGCCCAUGGAGGGCAGGACUACCUUUCGGAUCCCGCGGAUGUGCAGACACUGAUGGGCGCUCUUAGUGAUCAUGAUGCCGAUAAGCUUGUAGUACUCUACCCGGAGGAGUAUGCACAUUUGGAUUUCACUCUGGCCGGAAAUGCGAAUCAAAUUGUGUAUGAUCCUAUCAUGGGCUUCUUCAGUCUCAAUUGAGAGCAUUUGUCAUGAAACACCGAAAAUAUAUGUACAUGAAUACUCCUUUUGAAUUUUCAUACAUAAUUCCUACGUAGUGAGGUUGUUGGGUUGGGUACUUGCAACAAUUGUAUGUACUGGGCCAGCAUUUACAUAAAUAAAUAUGAAAAAAAA